GGGAGCUCCUAUUCGUUUUUCCGGCUUGUGUGUUGUUGAAAAGAGAAGACGAAUGCCUGGGGAAGAAAUUUACUCUACGAAUACGGAUAGUGAAAGAUGAGUUCUCAGCCAUUUUCUAGACCUGGAAUGCCUGCUCAGACUAAUCCUGGUGGAAAACCGGUCUCUGCCAAUCAGUCAUCCAACCAGCCAGGUGAGGACAGUAGUGGUGAUGUGGACCAUCCGACCAGCAGCAGGAGUGGAAGGAGAGAAGACAGAUCCUACACCCAGGUCCAGGUUCAGACCCACAACCUGCAGUCCCAGGCGGGUACACCUGGCCAACCUGUCACCGUGUCCAACCCUCCUGUCCACCUACUGCAGUCCCAGGCGGGUACACCUGGCCAACCUGUCACCGUGUCCAACCCUCCUGUCCACCUACUGCAGGCCCAGGUGGGUACACCUGGCCAACCUGUCACCGUGUCCAACCCUCCUGUCCACCUACUGCAGGCCCAGGUGGGUACACCUGGCCAACCUGUCACCGUGUCCAACCCUCCUGUCCACCUACUGCAGUCCCAGGCGGGUACACCUGGCCAACCUGUCACCAUGUCCAACCCUCCUGUCCACCUACUGCAGGCCCAGGCGGGUACACCUGGCCAACCUGUCACCGUGUCCAACCCUCCUGUCCACCUACUGCAGGCCCAGGUGGGUACACCUGGCCAACCUGUCACCGUGUCCAACCCUCCUGUCCACCUACUGCAGGCCCAGCCUGCUGCCCUCAUUGACGGGCAGAUGAAGGCUGCCCUGAAAUCGCUGAUGCCCAGUCGUCUCAUCGCCCCAGCUCCAGUCUCCAGCCAGGGCCAGGGGGGCCACAUCCCUCUUCCUCUGCCCCCCAAGGUGCAGCCUGCCCUGCCUGGCCACAUCACUGUCACCCUGGAGAGCAACAUUGCUCCCAUCUCCUCCAUCCCUGUCGCGACCAUCAGUGGACAGCAGGGCCACUCCGGUAACCGGCAUCACCUCAUGGCAGCUAAUAUCCAGAUAAUCAGAGCUCCUUCUGUUCCUCAACACACAUUCACCUCUCACCUACCCAGAGGGGCGGUGGCUGCAGCAGUGAUGUCCAGUUCUAAAGGGCCUGCUGUUCUCAGACCAGCAUCAGGGGUCAGUGCAGGCCCUGUUCUCAGACCAGCAUCAGGGGCCAGUGCAGGCCCUGUUCUCAGACCAGCAUCAGGGGCCAGUGCAGGCCCUGUUCUCAGACCAGCAUCAGGGCCCAGUGCAGCUGUUCUCAGACCAGCAUCAGGGCCCAGUGCAGGCCCUGUUCUCAGACCAGCAUCAGGGCCCAGUGUAGCUGUUCUCAGACCAGCAUCAGGGGCCAGUGCAGCUGUUCUCAGACCAGCAUCAGGGCCCAGUGCAGCUGUUCUCAGACCAGCAUCAGGGCCCAGUGCAGGCCCUGUUCUCAGACCAGCAUCAGGGGCCAGUGCAGGCCCUGUUCUCAGACCAGCAUCAGGGGCCAGUGCAGGCCCUGUUCUCAGACCAGCAUCAGGGCCCAGUGCAGCUGUUCUCAGACCAGCAUCAGGGCCCAGUGCAGGCCCUGUUCAGACCACAGUACACCACAUCACCCACCAGACUAUUCAGUCUCGUCCCCCUGUCACCAGCACUACAGCGGUCCUUCCCACAGUAGUGGACCCCAUCUCAGCCACCCGGAACCAGUCCCCUGUCAUCAACCCAACGGUCACCCGCUCUGCAGAGAUGCUGCAUGGGCAUCCAGGGCUGACCAUCCACCCUCCUCCGGCCACCAUCAGUAUCCAGCGUCCCCAGGGGGCCAGGGACACGGCCACACGGAUCAACCUGCCCUCCCACCCUGCCAUAUGGGGGCAGAAACCCCAGCCCCCCCACACCAUGACACAGAAAUCCAUCUUCGGUAGUGGGACUCCGGUGGCUGCAGCAACAGUGGCGCCGAUUCUAACCACCACCACAGGCACUGCGCCGCACACCCAGAUGACCAGCGGUACUGUCGUCACCAUGGCGAUGACCUCCCACUCCUCCCAUGCCACAGCAGUGACCACCUCUACCAUCCCAGUUGCUAAAGUGGUGCCCCAGCCCAUAGCCCACACCUCCCCCCGUGUCCAAUCAGACUACCAGCCCAUAGCCCACACCUCCCCCCGUGUCCAAUCAGACUACCAGCCCAUAGCCCACACCUCCCCCCGUGUCCAAUCAGACUACCAGCCCAUAGCCCACACCUCCCCCCGUGUCCAAUCAGACUACCAGCCCAUAGCCCACACCUCCCCCCGUGUCCAAUCAGACUACCAGCCCAUAGCCCACACCUCCCCCCGUGUCCAAUCAGACUACCCGGCAGAGAGGACCAACCUGAUCUCCAUCUCUGGCCACCGCUCCUCUCCUAACCCUGUCGCCAUCGAGGGCAGGAGUGACAACAGGCCGUCUGGACCGGUGCACUUCCAGUACUUCCUGCCCACCUACUCCUCUUCUCCGUACCCCAUGACACACACCUACGCCCCCAUCACCAGCUCUGUGUCCCCCACCAGACAGUACCCAGCGACGCCCCAGACCCCUAGCUCCGCUCAGCCCAGCCAGCCUGCUGUGGCUGUGGCCACUACUGUCCACCUCAACCCCAUGCAGCUGAUGGCCGUGGACAGGAUUGGUCUACAGUCUGCACAAAUCAGCACCCAGGGAAUCCAGCCUCAAUCAAUGGGAGCCCAGGGCAUCCAGCCUGCACCAAUGGGAGUGCAGGGGUUGCGUAGCUCUGGUCCAAUCGGCACACAGGGGAUUCAGCAGGCACCAAUCGCAGGGCAGCAGUCUGAGCCCAAACCAUCUGGGAUAUUAUUGGCUGAAGGCGGUACGUUUGUGGGUGGUCCUAUGGGCAGCCCGUUCGGCGCCACACAGCCUAAUGCUACCACUGUACAGACACACCCCCAGGGCGGAGUAGGAGUCGGAGCUCCCCCCCUGGUUCCCUCCCCUCGACCCAGCAUCCUCCGCAAAAAGCCGGCCAAUGAGGGGUGUGUUGUUGGUAAGAAUCUGAUCCCGGUGGGGCCUGGUGAGGCUAACAGCGGCAGAGUGGAGGGAGGAGUGAGAGGACCAGGAUCACCAAAACCUGCAGGAUUGAAGCCUAAAGCAGAGGUCCACAUGACCAUGGUGGCUCCUCCAAUCCAAAUCAUGGCUGCAGUGGAGGCUCUACCUUCCCAGGGAGGAGGGGAGCAGCAGGCGGUCUCCUCCCCAGCCCAGCAGCAUCUAUCCCAGGCUAUCCCCUCCAACCUGCUGGCCCCCCCUGGUCCGCCACCCCCGUCCCAGCCCAGCUCCUCUGCCCUGCCGGCUGCCAUGGCCGUGACACCCCGCCCCGCCUCCAUGGCCAAUACAGUCGCCUCCCCCACCCAGCCCGCAGCCAGUAGCACGGCAGCAUGCAGCGGCGGCGGCUCCGCCCACACAGAGGUCAAGAUCAAGCAGGAGGCAGAGUCUAUGGAGAUGUGUCAACCAGUGCCCCAGCCCUCGGCGAACUCGGGCCUCAGCACCCACCUCCACCAAGCUGGGUCCCUCAAUGGGGCCGCCUCCUCAGGGGACCUGGUCCCUGGUGCCUCCCCGAGGAAGAAGCCCCGCAAGCAGCAGCACGUCAUCUCCACCGAGGAGACUGAGAUGGUGGAGACCAACAGUACAGAUGAGGACAGGGCUACAGGCCACAGGCCCCUGGGCAGCAGGGCUGAGAGGAGAGAGUCCCCUCCCAGGGAGUAUGUGGAUGAGGAAGGGGUGCGUUACAUCCCUGUCAGGCCACGCCCACCUGUCACUCUGCUGCGUCACUAUAGGAACCCCUGGAAGGCAGCCUAUCACCACUUCCAGAGGUACAGCGACAUCCGGAUCAAAGAGGAGAAGGAGUCGCUGCAGGACAUGGCGAACCAGAGAGGAGUAGCGUGUCGAGCCCAAGGAUGGAAAAUGCACCUGUGUGUUGCUCAGCUCAUGCAGCUGUCGAACCUGGAGCAUGAUGUAUAUAGCAGACUGACGUCCCUCCAGGAGGGGCUAAUCCCUAAGAAGAGGGCCGGGGUCGACGACGAGCUGCACCGCAUCAACGAACUCAUACAGGGUAACAUGCAGCGCUGUAAACUGGUGAUGGACCAGGUAACAGAGACCCGGGACACUAUGAUGAAAGUUCUGGAUCACAAAGACAAGGUCCUCAAGCUGCUCAACAAGAACGGAGCUGUCAAAAAGUCUAACAAACUGAAACGUAAGGAUCGGGCCUAGCCUGGGCUUCCUGCUCCAUCACCAACACCAUGGGUCUGUUCAUUAGGGCAUGCAAUGUUUUAAAAACGUUUUGCAACGGAAGAUGAAAAUUAAAAGUCACGGUGGUAGUCCCUCCCUGUUUGUCUGUUUUGCUGCUGCUACAUGCCUAAUGAACACGACCCACCUCUGCCCUGCCCUUCUGGAGGACAGGGUGGAAGAGCUGCUCUGAGCUAACGAACUGGUGGUGCUAUGACUGCUGCGCACCAUCACCCUCUAUCUCUGUCUGAGGACUGAAGCUGAGGACUGAAGCUGAGGACUGAAGCUGGACAACAUAACUAGAACCCUCCUGUUGCUCAGAACUCAACCGGCUGGAAGGAAUCCCUCUAGGAAUAGGUUCUCACUGAAGAAGACCCAACACUUUGUGUGUGUGUGUGCCAAAUGGCACCCUAUUCCCUACAUAGUGCACUACUUUUGACCAGA